AUGGCCCCCUGGCCACUACCAACACAAUACGAACAAGGGGAAUCAACGUUGUGGCUUUCUCCUCGCCUGCAAUACGUUCAUUACAGCAAAGCUGUUAGCCAGCAAGGCGCCUGGUACGGCGGCUUGGAGAGGCUUCAAUCAUCGGGUUCAUCGCAGUCACCCCAGUCCAAAUCCCUCGAGUACCCUCCAGACCUGCUCCAGAUCGCCUUCGAACGAUUCACUGCGAGAGCUUUCUCUGGGCACUUUGUCCCCUACAAAUUCCACCCCAGAAGAGCUCAAUUCGAGCCUAGCCUGGACGAUCGGAGGACAUUCAUCACGGAGAUCACCAUCGAGGAAACUGUGGACUCUGAUACAGAGAAGCGUCACCCUACGAUUUCCAGGGAGGCGUACUCAAUGCACAUUUCACUCGAUGGCCAUGUACUCAUCAGUACUCUACAUCCCGAAGGAGCGCUAAGAGCACUAGAGACGCUUGUGCAGCUCUUUUAUGCACAUUCGGAGUCCAAAGAAGAGGUUUAUACACCCUACGCACCAGCAUUCAUCAAAGACGUCCCGGUAUUCGAACACAGAGGCCUCAAUCUUGACAUCUGCCGGAAUUGGAUCCCUCCAAGCGAUGUUCUACGCACACUCGAAGCCAUGGCCUUCAACAAAUUGAACAAGCUGCAUCUGCACGCUUCAGACGCUCAAUCAUGGCCCAUCGAGAUCCCCGCUCUCCCUAGCUUAGCGAAAGAGGGCGCCUACCGCGAAGAUCAAAUUUGGUCCGUCAAAGAUCUUGAACAAGUACAGAAGUACGGCCUCUACCACGGUAUAGAAGUGUAUCUCGAGAUAGACUUGCCGGGCCAUACGGCAUCGAUAUACCACUCGCGCCCAGAUCUCAUCACUGCGUACAACAAACCCUGGGCAACAUACGCUAUGGAGCCUCCAGCAGGCCAACUGAAGCUGAAUUCUCUGGACGUUCCUCCGUUCCUGACUACGCUCCUAAACGACCUCCUACGUCGAAGCGCGCCUUUCACUUCGCACUUCCACGUCGGUGGCGACGAAUUGAAUCUCGAAGCCUACAACCUCGACCCAACCGUGCAAUCUUCCUCAAAAAAGGUCAUUCGACCACUCCUCCAACACCUUAUGAACCACAUCAUCUCGCUCGUGCACUCUCACGGUCUGAUCCCUUCAAUAUGGGAAGAUAUGCUGCUUGAAUGGGAGCUCGAGCUGCCCGCGAACACGAUUAUCCAGACGUGGCGGUCCUCAGCCUCCCUUGCCAAAGUCGUCGCGAAAGGCCAUCGUGCCUUGUUCGGCCCUUGUGAGGAAUGGUAUCUUGACUCCGGCUAUGGUACAUUCAUCGAUCCGGAUCCGACAAAUGUUGAUAGUCCUAUCAAACGCCCUUUUCACGACUGGUGCGGUCCGUACAAAAACUGGCGCCAGAUACUCUCUUUCGAUCCAUUUAGAGGCAUCCCGGAAGAGCAUAGGCAUUUGGUUGUAGGCGGAGAGGUUCAUCUGUGGGGGGAGUUGACGGAUAGUGUUAAUCUGGACAACAUGCUCUGGCCUCGAGCAGCGGCCGCAGCCGAAGUUCUAUGGAGGGGCAAGGUGGGCGUAGGGGAGCCAGCUACGAGAAGGCUCGCAGAGAUGAGAGAAAGACUAGUUGCAAGAGGAGUCAGAGCUGGGAUGGUGCAGAUGGAAUGGGGGCUCAGAAACCAGGGUGGUUGUAUCCUGUGA